AUGGCUGCCGCGCUCCGCUUUCUGAACAGUGCACUCACCCCUUCCAGGUCGGUGUUCGCUUCUGGGAGGCGAACACAGGUCGGGCCUCUUUUUUUCACUGAGAAUGCUCGGCUGCGUGGCGCAUGCUCUCGGCGGUUCUCUUCUGCGGCCGGAGGCCCCACAGCAGCCGCUGCAGACGCGCGGAAGCCCGCCGCACCGGCGUCACAGAGAUCAGACGCAUCAGUUGGAGCGGCCGUGGGUACACCAGCGUCUCCUUCCCGGGAAACAGGCUACAGUUUUUCUACGGGUCGCCAUGCUGCCGACGUCUACGAUGUGUUCGUUGUUGGCGGCGGAGUCACUGGGACGGCGCUGCUGUAUGAGCUUUGCAAGUUCACAGAUCUGAAGAAGAUCGGACUAGUGGAGCGGCGUCCCUCCUUUGCGGUCGUUGCCUCAUGCCCACGAAACAACUCUCAGACGAUUCACUGCGGCGAUAUCGAGACGAACUACACUGUUGAGAAAGCAAAGAUCGUGAAGCGUCAGGCAGAUAUGCUCCGAAACUACGCAACGAAGUUGCCUCCGGCGGAGAGAGAUAUGGUGGUCCAGAAGAUGCAGAAGAUGGCGCUUGCGGUUGGAGACGCAGAAUGCGAGUUCAUGGAGAAGCGAUUUCACGUCUUCAAAAACCUGUUCACCCGCAUGCAGUUUAUCGACAAGAAGAAGAUUGCCGAUGUCGAACCACGCGUCGGAAUGAAGAAUUCCCAUUCUCUGCGACCAGACCCGACAUGCGCCAUUUUUAUUCCGGACGAGCACUCGGCGGUGAACUACUACCAUUUGGCUGCCUCCUUUGUUGACCAGGCGAAGAAGCACGCCAACGGCAAACAGGUGGAUAUUCAAACCUCGACGGAACUCCUUGACCUUCAGCAUGACGGCGACACGUUCUCCAUCAAAACAAGCCGGGGCACAGAGAGAGCUCGAUUCGUCGUUGUCAGCGCGUGCGGUCAGUCGCUGCUGCUGGCACAGCGUAUGGGCUACGGACUGAACUUCAGCUGUCUCCCGAUGGCGGGUAGUUUCUACUUUGCGCCGGAGAUGUUGAAUGGGAAAGUGUAUACGUGCCAAGACCCGCGACUCCCGUUUGCUGCUGUGCACGGAGACCCAGAUCUCGUUGCAGUGGGAAAGACACGGUUCGGUCCUACCGCUCUUCCAUUGCCCAUGCUCGAACGAUACAAUGCCUCUUCCAUCAGCGAUUUCUUGCGUGUAAUCAACCCCGACAUGAAUCUCGUCAAGGUGUAUUUGGAUCUCCUUGGCACGUCCCACAUGAGAAAUUACGUCAUGAGGAACUUCCUCUUCGAAGUCCCGAAGCUGAACACCACACUCUUCGCCAACGAUGUGAGGAAAAUUGUUCCGUCCAUCAUGCCUGAAGAUCUCACAUACGCAAAAGGUUACGGCGGCGUUCGACCUCAACUCAUUGAUAAAGAACAGAAGAAAUUGCUGUUGGGAGAAGGCAAAAUCAAUCCAGGCACCGGAAUUAUUUUCAACAUUACACCGUCACCUGGAGGUACGACGUGCUUGGGCAAUGCCGAGAUGGACAUGCGUGCAAUCUGCAAGAGACUGGGAGCGAACAUUGAUGAAAAGCUUUUCAGACAAACGCUUCUGGAGGGUGAAUACUCCGUAACACACUAA